AUGCAACAACACGAAGAAGUUGCAAAUGUGUCUCUGUUGCGUGUGGGUUUACUAGGCUGCUCUCCUACUGCACCAACUGCAUUCACAAAGGUUUUGUGUGCGAUACAUAAUGUCAAUUACGCGCAAACAUUUCGCAAUCAAUUUUCAAUCACGUUUGACGUAUAUCUUGCAAUACUUCGCGAGGUUCGGUCCCGGGUGGAUAUAGCACUCGGCCGCACAGAUCCCGACUGGCGCCUUCAACAUGGUUGUCCAGCAUGCACGUUUGAGCAACCCAAUGAAUGUCCACUGUAUCCUGCCAGUCUCAAGGCAAUGGAUGGGAAUAACUCCGCGAAACGCAUGGCGAAUGCUGGUAAUGCAGAUUGCCGUAUCUUUCCCAGCAGGUAUAUGAUUCCCCCCAAUCAAGUUGACAUGUUCAAGGACGACGUACGGUUACGACCCGGUGAACGCGGAGCCAAUCAAAACAAUAAUGCCACAUCAUGUACCGACAAUUGGAAGGCUGCUAACUCAACCAAUGAGAACACCGUGCACGUUUUCGAACAGACUGGUAUCUUUCUCUCUGCCUGCCGACAUGGAAUUGUCCAAACAGUUACCGAGAUGCGCCACAGUGGCGAGCUCGCUAAAUAUCCUCUCGCAACGACGAAUAAGCUUCUUGACGUCUUCGGUGACAACCAAGCCAUCAGUAGUGAUAUCAGUUGCAGCUUGUCUAAGACACUCGCCGCCAGCUCAAUACAAGACAAGGCUGACAAUCAUAAGCUUUCACUGUCGGUCAAUGCAUUCCAUGGACAUGCUCACAAUUGCAAAUGUCAGUUGCAGUAUCACCCCAUGUACCUACGUGGCUUCGGACUCGAAGAUCUCGAGACUUGCGAAUGUAUUUUUGCAAGCUCGAACACCACAGCAUGCCUCAUUCGCCACGCGUCACAUUUUCAUUACAGUCAGUUCCUAGACCUGCAUUUUGACCAAUGGGACAUGGAUAGAUAUUUUGAACUCAGCCGCUUUAUUUUCAAUAACUACAAACAAGCAGUUACCUUGAUCACCGAUUUUACCAAAGAACUUGACGCCUACCGCUUAUCCUUCCCUGACCAGGCCAUGGAUUUUGAGACCUGGGUAGCCGAAGAACUCGCAUAUCUGGAGUCUUUGAUUAUGUGGAAGCGCUGGAGAAACUCGAUACGUAUCACUUCACAAACAACGAAGCAGGCACAAGCAGCUCGGCGUGCAGUGGAGCGCCGUCUUCAAAUUCAAAUCAACAUUGUUGAGGAUUUAGAGACUCGCCUAGACAUCGCUGACCAGUGGAUACCUGAAAUUGAAGAUCUUGAGGGCCUCGUUGUGCAGCGUUUAUUUGAGUUGUCCAAAGCUAACCUCUCAUCAACCGGCUAUAAACUUCGAAGACAAAUAUCUCGAGCCAUCGUCAAGCGAUCCAGUACAAUUCGUACAGCGCUGGACAAGUACAACAAGCUUGCCGUCAUGCAAAAUCCACGAAGGCCAACCCUACAAUAUAGCAAGGUUAUGUCUUAUGCAGCCCUUGGCGAGUUUGAGAUCCUCAAACAUUCACGACACGAUAUUCUGAUGAAGCCUUGGAGCAAUCCCACACAUCGUGAGAUGGCCAUUAAGUAUUUUAAGAUUCUCCGAGCUCAUGAGGAGAUCACUCAACUUAAUGUUGAAAUCCGCCGCCUGCACGCUUGGAUCGAUGUUGAGGAUUCUGACAUCAAACGUGUGGCCACCGAGCUCGAGUCAACUAACCUCCCACUUGCGGCGGAAGUUUGGGAGCUAUAUAAUUGGCAGCGGAGGGUCAAUGAUGUGCAUCACGCUCGCAUCAAUCGAUUAUAUUCACUUGAAGGAUUUACUGGUUGUGUUCCUUCUGACAUGAUCGCAGCAGAUGUCUCAUUGGAUGUAGAUGAAGUUGCAGCAGAGAUGAUUGACGAUGAAUCAGAAGGAGACGAGGCGGCACACUUUGAGUUAUGUAUUCAACAGAUGUCAUUGUAG